AUGCUCAUAGCUGCAGAUGCAAUUGACGCGUACAGUAUCGCUAUCCUGGCAGGAGCACCUUAUGCUCAUAUUAUUGCUCAAAGUUUACUUUCUUGGCCGUUGAUAUUUUUAGUGUUCUCACUUCCUGCGAUAAAUUUAUUUAUUAAUUUGGGUUUUGUUUCUGGUGCUGGACCAGUUCUCACAUUUGCGCGAAUAGCACCGAUUGCGUCUGGGGUUGGUUGGGCAUUAACCUGGUUAGUUAGUGAACGUUUGUUUCUGCAGUCAUUAAGUGCUGCGCAGAAUCUGCUCUAUUUUAUUUAUUCGCUACGAACGCGGCUUGACUGGGCCGUCGAUUGUGGACAUCCAAAUUAUAACAAUGCCUAUUGUAUGAACUUCAGUGCUGAAAAUGUUACUUUGGACGAGGUAACUUACUGGCCUGAUAAUAAUUGGCCUGCUCAGCAGUUUAAUAGGUAUGGUGUACGUAAAGUUUCACUCAAUCAGAACCUAACUAAAUGGGCACCUAAUGCUUGGUAUUUUGUUUCUCCAGGAGAGAAAUUCACUUUUGCUUUUUCAUCAUUUCCUCUAACAUUUUGUCAUUUCUUGGUAUGGGCGAUCUUGUUCUCUAUUGUACUCAGGUGGUCUUCUCGAAAAACUGUUGAUAAUUUAGGAAGUUUCUUCUUUAUGAGUGUUGAGAUCGAAGCUCAUUACUUGAGAAGCGUCAGGAAAUAUCUUGGUUAUACUUAUCUUAGUAAAUGGUUUCGUAGAAAAUUUGGUUCUAAUCCUGGCAAGUUUCUCUCAUGGUUCUGUUUCGCCCUUCCUGUUAUCCUCUUUUCUGUUUUGGACUUGGGAUUGUUCAUCUUCGGUUUUAAGUUUACUGGUUCAUCAGAAAAAGAAGUUCCUUUAGCUGAGACUGAAGAGGGUCCUGUAGAGUAUUUCUCUGGUAUACAUGGGUUUUACAGGACUUCAAUAGUUCUUAUGGAUUACUGCUCAGCAUUUAGCGGACUAAUAUUGUUUGCAUCGAGCAAACUUCGCAGCUCGAGUUUACCAAUGAACGCUGUGGUUGUCGUAUUGGGACAAAUGUUCGCUCCUAUACUCUUAUAUUUGUUACGUACUGGAUGCAGUGGACACCUGUAUAGUCAACAAGCAGCUUAUAGAAGUUACAUUGCCACAGAAGCAGUUUUUUCUUUUGACAGUGCAGCAGUCUGUUUUGCCACUUCACGAGGAGGGCCUCUUUGGGCUCUCUUAUACUACUCUGCCAACUUUCUUUAUGCAUGUGUUGGACCAAUGACUAUAUUUUUACUUUUUAUUCAUAACAUAUUUGUGGAACAAUUUCCUGCUUUGGAACACUAUGCAACACAAGUUCUUGCGUUGAUUUGCUCGAUUUUUGCCUUUUUUGGUGUCUUUUUAUUGAUGCCGAUGGGGACUUCGCUUGCAACUCUUUUUUCUUACGUGUCUCAGUCGUCAAUCACACAAAUUUUUGCUUUCGUUGUCGUCGUCUUCAUAUACGGUUGGUACAACUUGGAUGCUGACGUACGAUUGAUGCUUUCUUCAACUGAAACUUAUGUAUCGUUGUUCCAUUAUUUAAUUGGUCCAACAAGUCCACUUUAUACCGUCUUUCUUUUGUCGACCGUGCCGGCUUUGUUAGCGUCGAAAUUCGCCAGUGUUUUUGAUCUUCUGAUGUCAGGUAAAGAUGUCGUCAAGCACAUUGAAAGCGGAACACAUUUUUUAACUGGAUCGCUAUUUAUUAAUCAUUUAAUUGGGUAUACAAUAAUGUUUGGCCCAAUAACGAUUGUUGCUGCUUUUGCUUUAUUUGCGUUUUAUAAAACAGCAUUAGUGUACAAAAUGCCAUGGGGAUCAAUGCUGGAUCCUACGUCAGACUGGCAUUCAAAUUUUUCUCUGCGACAGAGUACCGUGCCUCGCCCAGCUCCUCUUUCUCAUCGGUUGUAUUUGACGUUUACAAAACUUCCAUAUCAUAAGGCGCUUUUCAUCAUCUUUAUGUUUGAAAUUACAUUUGGAAUUAUAUUGUUAAUGCUACUUUUUUCAGACACUAUUUACUCACUUGUAAUGUCUGCCAGAGGUAAUGUGGCAUCGAACAAUUUUCGCUCUUUGAUAUAUAUUACCUUUACUACGUUUCAUAUUUUAUCAUUACUGGAAGUGAGGUGGGCGCUUAAAAAAUGGGACCAUUCAUCAAGAAGUACAGAAUACUGGCAACAUCAGUUCUUUGUUGAUUUUGCAAAACUUGCAUAUCUUAGGAAUUGGAUAGAUGAGAAUCGUAUAAUACUUAAGAUGAUCAGAGAAGUUCAAGCAGGGGUUAGAAUGAAAAUAGAGAGAUUGAAUUUAUGCAUUGCCAACUCUACGAUGGAAAUGGCAUUUUUGAACGGGUAUAUGUGGAGCUCUGCAAUGAAUCAUGUUUGGGGAUUCCAGCUGAUUCAGUUUCUCGUGAUAUUUGUCAACACUUCUUUGAGAGGUGCCAUCAUUGCUGUAUUGAUUGCUAUCAGGUGGAAUAUGGCUGAGCAGUCGCAUCCAACCCACAUUCGUGACGCUACAGAAAUAUACGAUGCUUCCGCAGAUCUUGAUAAUGACGGCAGUCAUGAAGAUAAUGCUCCUAUAAUUUAUGAAAUGCACAGAGAUGUUUUCUCAUGA